AUGAUGAAGAAAGGGGAAAUAGAGCAUGACGAGUAUAAAAGACCACCUAACCUAUUGAAAGCCAAAAAACAUGGGAUUGCCAAAAGGUUUGCAGCUCCAAUGCCUUUUACUGAUUUUGAUAAGGGGAGUGUAUGUCCAUGUUGCGGAUAUCCAUACAAAAACUAAAUCCUUCCACUCUGCGUUUCUAUAUCUGAAUUCAGUUUCAUCGGAUCAGGGAUAGUUCUGUACUUCGAUUUUGUGAUUUACUCACAAAUUAUUUUACUAAUCUACAUGUUAGUAUCAAUAGUAGGAGUGUACACAUUUUAUGAUAAUAGUUAAGGGUUCAGAUGCUAGAUUGAAAACAAAGGGACAGCUUCAGGAUGCGAAGAAGAUAUCUACAAUAAGUUUUCAAGAUCUAAUGUGUAUAAAGAGUUAGAUGUUGUGGCUAGUUACUUAAAUUUUGCAGCAAUCAUUUUAUUGAUAAUUUCUAAUUUGAUCUACCGUAGACAUAUUAAUAAAAUUUGUUUGGAGAUUGAUGAUGCAGAAAUUGAGGCAUCUGAUUACUCAAUUAUGAUCUAUAAUGCUCCAAAAAAUUGUAAAAAAGAAGACAUUAGAUCUUACUUUUUGUAAGAGGAAGGCAUGGAGGAGUUGGAAUUGAGAAAGAUUUGUAUGGCUUAUGAAGUGAAGCCUUUUUUGUAAUUAAAAAUAGAAUUGGAGGAACAAUAAGCAGAAUUAUCGCAUGUUUUGGAUUUGGAACGAUAAAAGAAGAAGUCUUCUAAAUCAAAAGCUGAAAUCCUUUUGAAAAUUAAGGAUAUUCAUGAAAAAUUUGAUUAUGUAGAGAAGUACAAGGAAAUUAUUUUCAGAUUUACUGGAGUUAUCUUUUUAUCCUUCAAUUAUGAAAAGCAUGCUGAUUAAGUUUGCGAUCAAUUUCAAUAGACCAAAUUUUAAUUGUUAUUAGAGCAACUCAAUUUGAAGAAAUACUAGAAUCGAAAGUUCCUUGGAAAUUCAGUGAUAGUUAGAAAGGCACCUUUGCCUGGUGAUGUGCUAUGGGAAAAUCUGGGCAUCGAAAUCAAAGAACAAUAUAAACGAAUAGUAACUACAAAUGUUGUAACAGCAGCUCUAUUGGCUGUAGGAUUUGCCAUGAUAUUUGGACUAUCUUAUAUGUAAGAAUACAUCAACGCUUAAGUGAAUUACGAUCCUACUACGACUGCUGUGAUUAUCAAUUUUCUAGGGUUCUUGGCCUCACUCAUCAUUUCCUUUAUAAACAGUGUUUUAUCAUCUACCAUUAUAAAAUUAAUCAUCAGAGAAUAGCAUUCAACUAAAACUGAAUAUGACAUUAGUAUAGCUAAGAAGAUAGGUUUGGCUGAGUUUAUCAAUGUAGCAAUCCUAACUCUUUUGGUUAACAUCUUGAUCAAAGGGUAAAACGAAACAACGAUAAAUACUAUGUAUCAAAAAGGAGGUUUGAAUUCAGAUGUGAUGUGGAUCUUUAUGACAGAUUCCUUUAUGCCUUGGUUUCUGUUCAUCGUUGACUUCGAACAUAUAAAGAAGUUAUACAUACGUCGACAGAUCAAACAAUUGGGGUCCAGUUGUAAACUAACACAAAAGGAAGCUAAUGAAGCAUUUGAGGGUCCCAUGAUUAAUUUGGCCGAGAAGUAUCCUGCAAUAGCUAAGACUUUAUUGAUGGCUCUUUUCUACGCUCCUUUGUUGCCAGCAUGUUCAUUUUUUGCACUUGCGAGUAUUAUGGGAAUCUACUGGAUUGAGAAGAUCUUACUAUUGAGAAGAGAUUCAAAACCCUUGCCUACAGGCAGUGAUAUGGCCUAAGCCAUGGUUGAAUUCUAUAUAGAUCUAGUGAUUCUUAUCUACAGUUUAGGCAAUUGUGUUUGGGAAUACACUAUAUUUAAGACAAUGCAUUGGUCAACAUGGAUUUCUUUUAUUAUUUGUUCCAUCUUUUAUUUGCUUCCCAAAGAACGAGUCCUAGAAUUCAUUUUGAAGAUAGGAAUAGAUAAUGCCACCGAAGAGUCAUAUGAUGCGAGGAGUCCCACGUUCUUGGAUGAUUAUGAUAGAAGAAAUCCAGUUACUGCAGAGGAAGCCAAAAGAAUUUGGAUAGAAAAUUAACAACAACAAAAUUCUGAAAUGAAUCAAAUUAAUUAGCUGUUAGUAUGUCUGCCAAGCAACUUGACAUUUCAAUCUAUCGUAGCAGAUUUUGAUGACUAAUCACAAGUCAUUUUCGAAAGUUCAUCCAGAGUUCAAGACAGAAAAUAAUUAUAAUCUGAAAAAGCUAUAAUAUUGAUUAAAUUAAUGAAUACUAUAAUAAUUAAACGAAAAUUAUGUACUUUAUAUGAGAUCAUCAGGGAAUAGAAAUAAUAGACCUACUUAAAUCCUGACUUUGUUUGGCUCAUGUACACAGGAACCAGAUUUAGUCUCAUAUUGAGAUUGGAUCAAUUUAAUGAGAAAGAGUAUCAAGACCAAGAAUUGAUCCUUGUCAAAAAUAUUAUUAAUUGGUCUCAUUUAUUAACUCCGAUAAGUUAGAUCCAACUAAUCACCAUUAAAAGUGUACUUGCUAUUAUUAUAGCUGCUUUUCACAUACUUUCUAUCUUUAUGAUAGUGUUCGAGAUUAAAUAAUCGAAUUUCUUAAACCAAUACCAAAAUAUAUUUUACACAUAUUUUCAAAUUUUAAUACUUUAUCCCUCCUUCAUACAUAUUUAUCAAAUUUAAGAUCACAACCCUAAUAAUAUUUUAGCCUGGUGUUGUACAAUACCACUAUUGAUAAAUUAUAUGAUAUUUUCGUAUUUUUAACGAAAUUACUUAUUACCAAUUCAAAACCCUUUUACAAAAAGAUAUAGGAUAUAAAAUUACUUACAGAAUUUUAUUGAAAUCACAGUUCUUAUUGCCAUACCUUAUUUCGAGGAAAUCGUUCAAACCACUGUAAUGAUGCUCUUAUUUCUACUUCAAUUGAUAGAUGCCUUAUUCAACUAGCCUUAUUCAAUGCAAAUAAACCUUAAUUAUUGUUUUUGCUCUUCUAUCUUGUUAUUUGGUUCAGCAAUAAAGUGUUUAUCCGUCAGUUUUAGUUAAAAAGAAUAUCUAUUUUACAGUUUUAUGCUUGUCCCUCUUUUCGGUUUGCUAAUGAAAAGAGUUUUGAUUCUUACAUACUCUACUAACCUAGAAUAGAAUAAGCUCUCCAAACAAUUAAUAUUUCAAAUUGCAGAUGAAUUCUACUCUAUGAAUCCCAUAACAUAAAACAAGAUAUUAUUCAUCCUUAAAAACAAAUACAAAAUUAUGGCAAAUAAACAGGCAACAGAAAAAUGGCAAAAUCAUUACAUCUUUAUACUGUUAUUAAGAUUAUAUGACACUUAUUCUUAAUAAUAGAAAACUAGUGAAGAGGAAUUACAAUUAUAUAUAAUAUUCUUCAUAUUUUAGACACAAGAAAAACUGAACUUGUCUUAUAUCCAAUUGAAACAACAUCAGAUGUAAUCAUCCCAUUAGUCUGUAUAUUUUUAAAUCAUCAAAAUAUAUUGCUCUAAUUUAAUACUACACAAAAUAAAUUAAGAUUUAAAAUCUUCUUAGGGGAGAUUAGAUAUAUCAUCAGUAAAAUAAAGUCACUCAUUAGUUGAGAAAUCCAUGCCUUUAAUAAUAGAAAUACUAAUUUUAAAGAAUAAGUUUUUGGACUCCUUAUCUAUUGGCUAUGAUAGAAUAGGGCAAUUGUCUUAGAAAUGCAUCAACUUAAGUGGUAAGAUAGUUGAAUUGAAAAAUCUUGUAUUUGAAGAUAUGGAAAUAGAUAUUCUUGUAAUUUAAAAGCAAAUAAUUAAAUUAAAUAUUCUUGAUUUACGCUUACUAUCUUUAGUUUUUGGAUCUGUGUUGAAUGAUUAUCAUAUAACAUUUCAAAUUGAACAAAGGAUAGAGGAUUUACUCAACCAAGAACGUAAUGUGUUAUCUCGAGACAUUUAGAAUACAUCUUUAUUGAAUGAUGAUGUUAUCAUUUUGCAGAUAAGCAUGAUGAAAACUCAAGGAUUGAUAUUAAAUAAGGACAAGACUAAAAUUUUGAAAUAUUUUAAAUUUCCAAAUGACGAAUCCUUUAAAUCGAUUUCUCAAUUGAAUCAGCUCCUACCAGAAUAUUUGGUAGCCAAACAUGAUAGAUUCUUAAAGGAAUUUCUGACUACAGGAGAGUCAAAGUUAUUUAAUACAAGUCAUGAUGUAUUUCCAUCCUAUUACUCAGGUUUCUCAUUUUUGGUCACCUUAUAAUUGAUACCCUCCUAUGAUGAAAUGGAUGAUUAUAUCUUAUCAGCUAUUCUUAAGAAGAGUUAUGAAAAUAGUGAUUUUAUAAUAUUUGAUGAGUCUGGUAAAAUAUUGGGAUUGUCAGAUUAAAUGCUUUAAUUAUUAGUUUACAGUGAUUCCGACUUCAGUAAGUCUUUAUUAAAUUCCUAUAUUUACUUUUGGUUCAAAGAUUUGCUAAUGAUAAUUAAUUAAUAAAUGGAAUCUAUGCUGGAUUAUACUUAAUAAUUUACAUUAUAUUCAUAGGCAGCUUAGAUUCAACCCAUUACAAAUUUGUAAGAAUUAAUAUAAUGUCAUGAUUUAUAUUAUAAACAGCAAUUCCUUAAAAGCAAUAGGACAGAAUAAGAUUAAUAAAAUGAAUAAAAGCAAACGUUGAAGGUAUCAUGUUAUUAGAUAAAUUAUGUUAUUGAGAUGUAUGAUUUCAUAAAUGAGAAUAUAUCAAAAUUUACUUAAAAUUAAAUUGGAUUCUAAGUGACAUUUAAUUUGCAAUUCUAAAAAAUGUAAGGAUAACAUCCUCUUUUUAUUUUACAAGUCACUGAAUUCGUUGAAAAACAAUUAAAAUUUAUUAAUCCUAAAAGCAUAGGAACAAUCAGCCCAUAUAGCUCAAUUAGUAAAAUAAGAUCCCCUCCAUAACAAAGUGAUCUCAAUUCUUUGAGUAACGAAGACAUGGAUGAAUUACAUCAAGAAUUAGUGAUCAACCAAACAAUUAUCAAUAAAUUAAUACUAAGAUAAGAGAGGGAAGAUGCUAGAGUCUUCAUUUAGAAUGGCCAGGACGGAGAACAUUUUUAAGCCAUGAUGGAGAAAGAAAACAGGGAAAGCAACUUGAUAUCUCCAAGGUCUCAUAGAGAAAUCUUAAUGCAAAAAGGACUUAUUGAGGAUGACUCUGAAGAUAUCAAAGGAAAUGAAUCUAAUGUCAUCAAGAGUAGUUCAUAAAGAGAGAACAUACAAUUGGGUAAUAAAUAGGCUGAAUUCCAAAUAGAAAAUUAGUCAAGAUCUAGUGCAACUUCAGACAGAACUUAAAAUUCGGUCUAUCAUUUAAUCAGAAAUUUAUAGUACAAAAUUACAUAUUAAACAGGUAUAGUUAAAGCUAUUUGCAAUACUAUUUGUCUUUCUGCAUUUCUAAUAAUUUUGGUUGGCGUUUAAUUAAAUGUUGAAAGGAACAAUUCAGAUGAAUUAUAAUAUAGAAUCCCUCUGGUCAGAUUGCCUUAAAGAUUUAAUAGAUUAUAUUGUACAUUUACAGCAAUAGGCUAAUUAUAGUUGCAGAAUAAAUUAUUGAAUGUAUCAUAUGGAGAAUAUUAUGAAUAUCGAAUUCGAAAUGAAAGUGCUCAAAAAAGAAAUGAAAUUUAAAGUUUAAUAUCAGAUCUCAAGGAUUAAUUCUCCCAUUUGUAAUUGCCUCCAUUAACAAUCAGAAUCAUCAAUGAAUACAUUUAUCAAUUGGACAAUACGACUAUGCUUUAAUUUGAUAUUAUUGCUAAUGAAUAUACUUCUCAGAUUAACCAAUAUCUUCAAAUGUAAGACUAGACUUUAGAAGAUGUUUUCAAGAUCGCAACACUAUUAGAAUUCCUUAAAGGAAAUAUAAUUGCCUAAUUAAAGAUAACUAUUAAUGUGGUAGAUGAAAUUGAGCGAGAAUUCUUUGAUUUUAUUGAUUAUUCUUCAAUAGAAUAAUUGGUCUUUUUAACUGUUAUGUUAUUGAUCAUACUUAUUUUCCUCAUUAUUCAAUUACAUCAGUGGCAACAACCAUACAAAUAUAUGCAAGUUGUAUUAUUGUUAAUCAGUAAAAUAUCCGAUAAAGACAUCGAAUUAACAAUUUCCAAGACUUUAUACUUACUUGAUAGAAUAAUAAGUAAUCCUUAUCAAACUAAAAGUAUCAAUUAUUUUAGAGAUUGUUUUUGGUAUUCUAAGAAAAUUUACAGUUUUUAGAGUGUAAGAAAAUCAUCCGAGUAUUCAAAAAAUAAUUAAAAUGGGAAGAAUGUGUAAUAAAAACAGAAAAAGUCAUCUAGAAUUUAAGAUACAUCCCUAAGUAUUUUGAACAUCAAGAUAAUUUUACUUUUAAUUUGGUUGUGCUUAUCAGGAUUUGCAUUUUCCGCAUAUAUCAUUAUGAAUUAAAACAUGAAUGCCAGCCUACCAGAAUUGAGAUUAACUAUGGAAUUUGUGAAAUUCAAAUAAGAUCUUGAUGGUAUUAUGAUCAUAUGCUUUUUGCUUAAAAAUUAAUAGAGCUUAAUAGAGUAAACACUUUAGGCUUUUGCUUUUAAUCCGGAGUUGAAUACUAGAGAUAAAUACUUUUAAACAUAAUAUCAAGAAUUAAUAGAAGAGUUUAAUCCUUUACUUGUAGAGAUGGAUGAAAUUUAUUCACGUAUUUAUGGUGAUAUUGUUGCAUCAACUAAAAUUAGUGAUGACAAUAAGAAUCUCUUGCUGAAUCUCUAUGAAAAAGACCUGUGUCAAAUUAUUCCAUCUAUUCUUCCAUUUUGUGCAUAUGAAAAUGGGGUUUUUUUAUAUUUUCCAACUUACCCUUCUACUUCAUCAUUAUUUAAUAACUAAUAAACCUAUAAGUAUGUAACAUAUUAAAAUAUCUUUAGAAUAAUCUCCAUUCUCAAUACCCAUUACAAUUUAGAAAAAAACGGAAUCAUAGACACGAAUUUGACAGAAGCUAAUCUUUUUUUAGAGAACUCUGAAUUUAUCCAAAUCAUCCUUCCGUAUUUCUUUGAUUUAAGCUAUGCAAUACUUGAGUUCUAUUAUACGAUCAUCUACUCAACUUUGGAUAUCUUGGAAAGCGAUUAUGAAAUGAUUUUCGAAUUUUAUAUGGCCGCAGGUAUAGGUUGUCUAAUAAUCUUGUAUUCUGUCACUCUAAUAAGAGCUAUAACACUCCAGAGAAAGGUUAGAUUGGUUCUUUAAGCAAUAAUACUUAUCCCAUAAGAGUCAUUAAUUGAUUAAGCCAUAAUUAUGACAAUAAGAAAAAUUGAUAGAACUUUAUGA